AGAAAUAAGUGUUUAAUAAUUUAGCCAAAAAGAAAACAACAGACAGUUUUAUCAAUUAAGAUACUUAAGACAAUUUCCGAAGGAGUUGCGACAAAUUUGUCAUAGAAAAAAAGAAAAUAGAGCAGUAAGAGAAGAGAAAAACGUACGGUGUUAAAAUUCCUUUGUCGUAUGUUGAGAAAGUGAAAAACGUGAUUCCGAAAGAGUGUAAAACAGUGAGAAAGAAGAUUAAAAGAAGGAACGUAAAAGUGUGUGCGUUGAAGGGCGAAGAUAAAUCUGACGUUGAGUGAAUUUACAAAAAGAAAAAAAAAAAUCGAAAAAAACGUGUCCGUCUGUGUUGACCACUGCAGGAAUAACCUAAAGACUAAAUAAUUAUUUUUUUUUUUUGGCAGACUUUAAACAAAUAUAAGUAAUCUGAGCUAUAUAUCAUAGAUAUAAAGCGACCGGUGCUUCGUAUUGUUAGAGGAAGUGCUAACAGAGAAAAAGCAGAAAAAUGGCUCAAGAAAAUACCGAGAUGGCCACCAAAUUUUCUACGCUAAACGUCAAUGCCGCUGAAUUUGUGCCAAGUUUCGGUUUUAGUAGUGCGGCGGCGGCGAGUGUAUCAUUGAAUAUUAACAGCGAACCGGCAGUACCGGUUACGACAAGUGAUGUUGUUAUGGAUAGUGAGCCAGCUUCAGGUAGUGGCACUCCUGCUACCACACCUAAUUCAGAAGGCUCUGGGUCCGCUUCUACAAAUCCUGUUAUUGUGCAGGAAGUAGAGACAGCUGCUGACUCACCUAUGGAAACCUCACCAUUCAAGAUUGCUGCAGCACCUGUGGAAAACAUUAAUACAGCCGACAAUAUUGAAGCAAAUAAUGAAAAUGAUCCUGUGGACAGUUGGGACGUUGAAGAUGAGCCCAUAAUAACGCCCGAAGAUGAAGGCGUUGACGAUAUCGAAGAUGGCGAAGGGGAAACUACGCCAAAAGUAUCUAAGAAAAAACCUCCUAAAGUAGAAGAAUCGCGAAGCAAAAAAGAGCAUGUUAAUGUCGUAUUUAUUGGUCAUGUAGAUGCAGGAAAAUCGACUAUCGGCGGACAAAUAAUGUCGUUGACCGGCAUGGUUGACAAACGUACUUUGGAAAAAUAUGAACGUGAGGCUCGCGAAAAAUCUCGUGAAAGUUGGUAUCUUUCUUGGGCUUUAGAUACAAAUCAGGAAGAACGUGACAAAGGUAAAACUGUCGAAGUGGGCCGUGCCUUUUUCGAAACGGAACGUAAACAUUUUACUAUCUUGGAUGCUCCUGGACACAAGAGUUUUGUGCCGAAUAUGAUUGGUGGUGCUGCUCAAGCCGAUUUAGCCGUUCUGGUAAUAUCAGCGAGAAAAGGUGAAUUCGAAACAGGGUUUGAUCGUGGUGGGCAAACCCGAGAACAUGCAAUGUUAGCUAAAACAGCAGGUGUUAAGCAUUUAGUGGUAUUGGUGAACAAAAUGGAUGAUCCCACAGUGAAUUGGGAUGAAGCACGCUACAACGAAUGUAAAGACAAAAUUCUACCAUACCUCAAAAAACUCGGUUUUAAUCCCACGAAAGAUUUAACAUUUAUGCCAUGCUCGGGCCUAAGCGGUGCCGGUCUACGUGAUCCUAUACCCGAAUCGAUUUGUCCUUGGUAUAGAGGGCCGGCCUUCAUACCAUUCAUUGAUGAGUUGCCUUCGUUAAAUCGCAAAUUAGAUGGCCCGUUCAUCAUGCCUAUAGUGGACAAAUAUAAGGAUAUGGGUACGGUGGUAAUGGGGAAAGUGGAAUCGGGUUGCGCGCGAAAAGGACAAAAUUUAUUAGUUAUGCCCAAUAGGACACAAGUAGCUGUUGAUCAAUUAUGGUCCGAUGACGAUGAAGUAACAUCUGUGGGUCCCGGCGAAAAUGUCAAAAUCAAGCUGAAGGGCAUCGAAGAAGAGGAUGUAUCACCUGGGUUUGUUUUAUGUGAUGCCUCUAAUCCUAUUAAAACUGGUAAAAUUUUUGAUGCUCAAGUGGUUAUACUCGAACAUAAAUCCAUUAUUUGUGCGGGCUACUCAGCUGUCAUGCACAUACACUGCGCUGCUGAAGAAGUUACCGUUAAAGCUCUUAUUUGUCUGGUAGACAAGAAGACGGGAGAAAAAUCAAAAUCACGUCCACGAUUUGUUAAACAAGAUCAGGUAGCAAUAAUGAGAAUUGAAUGUUCGGGUAUGAUAUGCUUGGAGCAAUUUAAACUAUUCCCACAAAUGGGAAGAUUUACUCUGAGAGAUGAAAACAAAACUAUUGCUAUUGGUAAGGUGUUGAAGGUGAUUGAAUAAAUUGAGCAAAGCUUAAUACUGUUCUGUUCUUAAUUCAUUUGAGAGCUGCAAGCCCCGCCUUUUUUUAAAUUAUAAAGACCUAAACGCAAAACGAAAUAUUUUUCUUUUAUUAUAAAAACAAAA